AUGGUCCAAACUGUGAUUCGCAAUGUCCUCCUCUUCGAUGGCAGAACAGCUCGCGAGGGCGCAACAGUGAUCUUCAACAGUGAGUCCGGGCUCAUCGAAAGUGUAUCAACGACAUCUGUCUCGCCGUCAUCGUAUCCUGCUGGGGCGACAGUGAUCGAUGGCAGAGGUCAUACCUUACUACCAGGUCUCAUCGACGCGCACAUUCACUCCUAUGGGCUUCAUCUGCCUCCGGGGUCCGAUAUAGCUGGUGUACUUAAAGGGCCUUUGAAAUGUGGUGUUACUACGGUAUGCUGCAUGCACUCGGACUCAGAGAAUGUCUGGGAUCAUCAGAAACGCUUGAAGACUGAGCUCGAUGCUGCGAGGAAAGCCGGCGAGACAGGAACAGUGACUAUGUCGUCGUUGAAGAGCGCACAUCUAGGCGCUACUAUAGACGGAGGCUGGCCAGUCCCAAUCGUUAUGGCGAAUCACCCAACGGAAGAAGUAAGCACCACGCCACCCAAAGAUGAUACUAGCUCUGACUUCCCACAGCUGAAAGUAGCAAUCAGCAAAUGGCCAAAACUUACUGCAGAGACUGCCGCCGACUUCGUCGCAGACCACAAGAAGCGAGGAGCAGACUACAUCAAGCUCAUGCAGGAGAACUGCUGUUCGCUAGCAUUCCCAACCAACUCGAUACCAGUGGCGACACUCGAGCUACAGACCGCCGUCGUCGAUGCUGCUCACAAGCAUGGACUGAAGGUGCUCGGGCACGCGACUGCGAUUGAGAACACAGAGAUCAUCUUGAAGUCUGGCGCGGACGGCCUGGCACACACAUUCAUCGACCAAGCCCCGACCAAAGCGAUCAUUUCUCUAUACAGGGAAAAGAACGCAUUCGUCGUCCCGACACUCGUAGUCCUCACCUCCCUGACAGGCGAAGAACAAACCUUACGCGAGAAAUUCGCCGACAUUGCCUCCUCAAAAGGCCUGAUCGACUCAACACAAAAAGAGAACAUGCUCGCCUCGCUCAAAGCUCCCGCGGAAGGCGCCAGCAUAGAGCACGCCUACGAAUCUAUCAGACAGCUGAAAGCGGCGGGUAUUGACAUUGCCGCUGGUACGGACUCGGUUGCUGGUCUGCAGGGGACGGCGAUCGGGCCGAGCUUGUGGCAGGAAUUAUGGAUGUACGUUGAGAAGUGCGGGUUUUCGGUUCAGGAGGCGUUGCAUAGUGCGACGGAGGUUAGUGCGAGGCGGUUGGGAUUUGAUGAUCGAGGAACGGUUGAAGUUGGGAAGAGGGCGGAUCUGUUGCUGGUGAAGGGAAACGUGCUGGAUGGGCUCGAAAACUUGUGGGAGGGGGAUGGCGUGAUAAAUGUCUGGAAGGCGGGCAUCCGUGCUGCUUGA